AUGGCGCGAUUUUCGCUUGUACCGACCGAAAUCAUCGACCAGAUCUUGAAAUUCGUGCCGAGACCUGACCUUGCGAGCUUAUGCCGCGUGAACAAAUCUCUUCAUCAAUCUGCCGAGCUCUUUCUUUAUUCCUCCAUUGAAAUAAUAUGGGAUAAAAAGCACCAGAAACCUUCGAUUGCUCCUCUGCUCCGCACUCUUUUCCAUAGACCAGAGCUAUUGAGCUAUGUAGAUGAAGUUCAUCUACAUGGAGCUUACUUCCCUGAUGAUCUAGAGCGCCCAUUACUGGAUACCGCUACUGCUGAUAUCCCGCUCGAUGAAUUUAUUAAUAUUAUUAAUAAGACCAAAGUAUCUUACGCCGAUCUCUGGGUCGAGCGCCUACGGUCGGGCCACAUGGAUGCAUUUGCUGGUCUUCUAAUUGCCAACCUUGCUAAGAUUAGCUAUCUUGAUAUCACCCAUAAUUUCAUCAAUGGCAAUGAUAUUCUUAGCGAGGUCCUUCUAUCUAAGGUUUUUGGCCAGCUUCCUACCUUUGACCAUCUCAAAAAGAUGGUUUAUGCCAAGAGGUUAGAUUACAAAGUUUGGGAGAGAAAUGAGAUUUCCCUAUCUACAAUGUCUCUCUUCUAUCUACCAGCAGUCACAGAUAUGACAGUCAGAAUGUCAAAUCCCGACGUCUUCGAGUGGCUAGUAGAUGUGCCUACUCUUAACUACUUAACUUCACUUGAUAUUGGGUGGUUUGUUGAGCCCUAUAUGGCCCAAUUACUCCCCUGUGUACCAAACCUAAAAUCACUUUACUGGUCGUGGAUUUAUCAUCAGUCUCCCAACGAAGAUAUGGAAGAGACAAUUCUUGACUUUAAUAAGAUUGUUGAAAUCUUAUCAAAUAUCAAAGAGUCGCUAGAGACUUUUGUCUUUUCUAUGGAAAUCGGGGGAGAUGAUUAUGAGAGAAAAGUUGACGACAUGGAAUUUUUAGGAUCUUUCAGAGGUCUACGCGAAUUUAAACAGCUCAAAUACCUCUCUAUACCAUUGGUAUGCCUCGCAGGCUUUGGUAGCGAGCCUAUCCCUCUGGAGCAAUCUACUCCUGCUGGUUUAGAGGUUAUUCAUCUCCGAUGGGAAGACCUAUCCGGUUUUGGAGUUGAAGUUGGGUGGCGCAAUGGCAAUCUAUUUGACCAUGUUCGUCCGAUGAUUCAGCCUUUGGUAGAGAAUUCUCCAAACCUCCACCUUCUUACUGCGGUCAGGCGUAAAAUGGAGGUCAGGACGAAAUUGUGUGCUCCUGAUUGUCAUCCCUAG